AUGCCUCGAUCGCCAAAACAAGAGUCAAGUAAACGAAAGAAGAAAUAUGAACAUUCGCCAUCCGAUGAUGAAAGAAAAUCAUCACGUAACUCUAAAAAUAUGAAAUCUUCGGAAGCAUCGCAUUCCGAUGGUGAUGAUGAUAAUGGUCAUCGUCGAGGGCCAACACGAAAUGGACGUGCUGAAGUGAAAUCAAAUUAUAAAGAACCACCAGAAGCUCGUACACCAGAGCGUCAUUGGCGUUUAUCGGUAUCGAAAGAUGGUGAAGAUCUACCAACAUACCGGAUAUAUCGUCAAUCAAAAUAUAUAUUUGGUCGUGACAAAGAUCAAUCUGAUAUUCAUUUACAUCAUCCAUCAUGCUCAAAUGUGCAUGCUGUUAUACAAUAUCGUCUUCGAAAUGAUCCUCAUGGACGUCAUAUUUAUCCUUAUCUAAUUGAUUUAGGAUCGUCACAUGGAACAUAUUUGAAUCGACGUCGUAUCGAUCCAGAUCGAUAUUAUAAAUUAGAAGAAAAUGAUGUUUUACAAUUUGGUGAAAGUUCAAAAGAAUUUCUUCUUCUCGAUUCUGAUUCAUCGCAUAAGCAUAAUAAUGAUUCGAAACGAUCACAUAAACAUCAUGAAAAUAAAUCAAAAUCAAGUGAUGAAGAUGAAAAUGAUAUUGAAAUUCCGGAUGAAGAAACUGAAGAAGAAAUAAUUCGUCGUCAACGACUUCGACGUGAACAGUUAAAACAAAAAUUAAUUAAGAAAAAUACCACUGAUGAUUCUUCAAUGGAUAGUGAUGCGAUGCAAAUUCAACAACAAGAAUCAACACCGACACCACCACCAAGAGGACCUGUAGUAAAUGUUGUUGACGAUGAUGAUGAAGAAGCAGCAUUUCUUAAUCAUUGCAUUGAAAGAGAAAGUAUUGAUUUUGACAAAAUAGCAGAAGAUAAACGAAAUGCAACAAUAGACGAUGAACCAUUAGCAGGUAAAGAUGCAAAUUCGCCAUCGAUUACAAAUCAAUUACGAAAUGAAGAAUUAGAAAGAAGGAACGCUGUUACAUCUAAUUAUGAUAUGUUUGCUACGGAUGAUGAUUACCUCGAUACAAAUAGUCCCGGUGCGUGGCGUCGUAAAGGCAAUUCGAAAGAAAUUGAAAAUCCACAUUUAACGGAUAAUUGGGAUGAUUCCGAAGGAUAUUAUCGUGUACAUAUUGGAGAAGUAUUAAAUGAUCGUUACGAAAUUUUUGGAUUUACAGGCCAAGGUGUUUUUUCGAAUGUUGUUCGAGCUCGCGAAGGAGCAAAUGGAAAAGGUACAGACGUUGCCAUUAAAAUUAUUCGUAAUAAUGAACUUAUGAAUAAAACUGGUUGGAGAGAAUUGGAAUAUUUACGUAAAUUAAAUGACAGUGAUCCUGAUGAUCGUUAUCAUUGUUUACGAUUAUUAAAUAAUUUUACACAUCGAAAUCAUUUAUGUCUUGUAUUUGAACCACUAAGUAUGAAUUUACGUGAAGUACUUAAAAAAUAUGGUAAAGAUGUUGGCUUAAGUAUAAAAGCUGUCCGUUCAUAUACACAACAAUUAAUGUUAGCACUUAAACAUUUAAAAAAAUGUAACAUUUUACAUGCCGAUAUUAAACCUGAUAAUAUCUUAGUUAAUGAAUCGAAAUUAUUUUUAAAAUUAUGUGAUUUCGGUUCAGCAUCAUUAGCAUCCGAUUGUGAAAUAACACCUUAUUUAGUCAGUCGAUUCUAUCGUGCACCAGAAAUAAUUCUUGGUAUGCAAUAUGAUUUUGCCAUUGAUCUAUGGUCAGUUGCAGUAACUAUCUAUGAAUUAUAUACGGGUCGUGUUAUGUUUCCGGGUAAAUCCAAUAACGAAAUGUUAAAAUUAAUGAUGGAUCUUAAAGGUAAAAUGCCCAAUCGAAUUAUACGAAAAGGAAUUCUGAAAGAUAAACAUUUUGAUCGUGAUUGCAAUUUCCUCUAUCAUGAAGUUGAUAAAGUAACAGAACGGGAUAAAAUAACAACAGUAUCAAAUAUAAGUCCAUGUCGUGAUUUAUUAUCUCUGUUAAUUGGUCACCAACGUUUACCUGAAGAUCAGAUGAAAAAAGUUUUACAACUUCGCGAUUUAUUAGAGAAAGUACUUAUAUUUGAUCCACAAAAGCGUUUAAAUAUAAAACAAUCAUUCGAACAUCCAUUUAUUCAAGAACGACAGUGA